AUGGUUGUUCGGAGUGCUGACAGGUCUAUUCAGCACACCGACCUCAAAUCACAGUUUUCCUCUUCCCGUCGCUUUAUGAUUGGUGACAAACAACUUACCGCGGCCACCAGAAACCUACUGAACAUCUUCGGUGUAUCUGCGUCCGCGUCAUCGGUGGGAUCUCCCUCAUCAUUAUUCCGCAUCCAUCCGGGGAAUACUGGCAUCUAUAUUUCCACUGUUGUACUGAGACAAUGGCGGGAAGAGUUUCUGGAUGUACAUUCCCCUUAUUACAAGGAAUUCUCAGAGGAGUUUUGCAAAAAGCUACUGGACGUCUUGGUCGUCAGCAUUCCUGGACGGAAUCCACAAAGAUGUCGAGUGACUUCUUUCAAUCGAUUCCGAGGACGAGUGAUUUCAACUGGAACCACUAUCCUUCCCAGUCGCGUGAUCGUUGUGAAAUCGGAGGUAUUAUAUUCAUCAGAGGAUGUGCUUGAUCUAUCCAAAGAGUAUGUUAAAGAACGGAUGGAAAAUGCAAUGAAAGAAAAUGACCAGCUUUCCUUCUCAGGCUACUUUAAAGCAGGAUUUCAAGUUGACGGCAUGUAUGUGACAUCUCGCAAGCGAGUAGCAGCCGAAUUUUGCUAG